AUGCGCUCCACCACGCCACCGCUGUACUACAAGCGCCCCGAAGGCGUCCCACUGCCGUACUACACCGCCGGUAGUGCCGCGGCGCGAGACGUGCCCCUCUCAUUGCGUGUGCCACCCACAACAACGACCUCAGCGGCAUGUAGUUUGGGCCAAGCCACGGCGCAAAACUUCACCCGCCUCGGCUCCACAGAACAGGCAACGUAUGGACCUCAACUGGCUGUGAGCAACACGUUUCCUUCCGUGCCGUCUGUGGUCAACCCUUUUAACCUCGUCAACCCUUCACCGCGCGCCUCUGUGGCGGCCGAAAACCCGGCAGACCUCCUGCAACAAAGCGCAGCCCGCUGGAGCGUCACGGCAAGUCAAAGCGCCCAGGCUCUCUCCGCGUUAGAGGCAGAGGAGGCAUCACUGCUGUUGGAGGAGCAGGCUAUGAAGGCGAAACUGGCGGAGCUGCAGUUAACGCGGCAGCGCCACAUUGAAGGGCAGCUCGAACUCAGCCAUGGUUGGGCGGCGCUGCUUGACCGUGAGGAACGCUACUUUACGGAGCCUCUUGUGGACCUCUCAGAGGAGAUUAUGGCGAGGGAGCAUCAGUGCGGCCUGCUGCAUGACCAGCUUCAGCAGGCGGAGGCGCACCUGGAGGCCCUUCUCCGCGAGCAUCAGGAAUACGACGCGGUUGUGGAGGAGAAGAAGAGUUUGGAAACGGAGAUGCAACGCGUGCGGGAGGGAUUUCUGGCGGUGGAGCGGCGUCGCAAGGCUUGCAGGUUGCGGGCAGAGUUAUUCUUCGAUGCCGAGUCGAAGCGCACCGUGCAGGCGUCACACCGUGUGCGGGUGCUGGACGCGCAGCUGAAAGAGAUGGGCUCGACGGGGCCGUUGGCGGAGUUUCGGUCGGCACCCCCGUCGCGGUCCACUUCACGUGGGGUCACCUUCGCACAGAAGAGUACUAUUCUUGACGGUGGCCUCCACGCCAACACGGCGACGGAGGAGGAGGAGGAUGGAGAAGACGCCGGACUCACGCAGGGAGUUGGCGGCACGUCUGUGUGCCUGCAGAAUGACGAGGAUGACGAGGACGUCGGUGGCAUCGGCGGGCAGAGUGUCGCCUACUCCCUCAGCCUCCCAAAGAGGCGUCGGGUUGAGGUGCCCACGGCCUGA